UCUUUCCUCUGUUUCUUUCCGAAACUUUGUUUGGUGUUUGAUUUUUCGGGGUUUCAAUUUUUACUCGUUGGAGCUGAGAAAGUGAAGGAAAACGGAGAGAAAGUAAGGGAAAAUAUAAGAGUUUUAGGUUUCUUUUGUGUUUAUUAUUAUGGGUUGUUUUGGCUGCACUGGAGGAUCGAGCAGAGGAUCUGAGAAUGAGAGCAUCAGGAACGGCAAUAGUAACAGUAAGAGUACGAGGAGCAAAAAGAACCAUGUUCCGGCGGUAGCCAGUUCAGCUAGACCGAAAGAGGCUGCUAAUAAUGACCAGCUAUCGAGAGAUAAGAAGAAUCUGAAUUUGACUCAUGAUUGGAAUGAGGUUUCUAAUGAUGGAGAAAGUGAAGGGAAGGAGGUGUUGAAAUUUUCUUUCAAGGAACUUAUGGCAGCAACAGGUAAUUUUAGGUCAGAUUGUUUCUUAGGGGAAGGAGGUUUUGGCAAAGUUUACAAGGGAUGCUUGGAGAGAAUAAACCAGGUUGUUGCAAUCAAGCAACUUGAUCGUAAUGGUCUUCAAGGGAUCAAGGAGUUUGUUGUUGAAGUGGAGACAUUAAGUAAGGCUGACCAUCCAAAUCUUGUUAAAUUGAUAGGAUAUUGUGCCGAGGGUAACCAGAGACUGUUGGUUUAUGAGUACAUGCCAUUAGGAUCUUUAGAAAACCAUCUACAUGGUAUGUGAUUUCUCAACCUUCUUCCCUAUUUCUCUACCAGUAUCAUCAAUUAUUCGAAAUCUUUCUUUUGCCUUGUUUAUUCUUUGUCAUGGCUACAGAUCUUCCACCUGAUGGAAAACCACUUGAUUGGAAUACAAGGAUGGAAAUAUCAGCUAGUGCUGCACGGGGUUUAGAGUAUUUGCAUUUGAAAAUGAAACCCCCUAUAAUAUACCGUGAUGUGAAAUGCUCCAAUAUUUUGCUUGGUGAGCAAUAUCAUGCCAAACUAUCUGAUUUUGGUUUGGCCAAAGUGGGUCCUAGUGGAGACGAAACUCAUGUUUCUACAAGGGUUAUGGGCACAUAUGGUUACUGUGCUCCAGAUUAUGCAAUGACUGGCCAGCUAAAUUUUAAGUCAGAUAUUUUUAGCUUUGGUGUUGUACUUUUGGAGCUAAUCACUGGUAGGAAAGCAAUUGACAAUACAAGAGAGAAAAAGGAGCAAAAUCUUGUUGAAUGGGUAAGAUCAAGCUCAAUUAUCUCUUUCUACUUGCUAUAUUGGGCGUUUCGCUUAGUUAAAAAAUAUUCAAUUUUGUUGUUAUAAUAGAUUGUUGUGCUGUCCAAAUAUUCUCCUUGUUGGCUUUUUGGUAUAGGUGUAUUAAGAAAUAAAAGUUCCCAUCUAGGGCGCGAUCUAACUGAUUUUAUUGCCUUUGUCUAGUUUGUAUUUCCUUUUCAUGCUUGCCCUGUUUUUGAAUUUUAGAUUUCACCGAAGGGCCAUACUGGACCAUUUUUUUUUGUUAGUUAAUUUUCCCAGCCUUCUAUCCACAGUGAUAAUCUGCAAUGGAGGUAACAAACUCAUUUGGUGAUGCUACUGUAGUUGGUAAAUCCAAGGUGGCCCCUCUGCAUUGUGCACAAACUACAUCAUGAACUUUUAUAUGCAAAUUUCAAUUGAAGUUUGACAUGCAUGCAUGAGUGCCUGUGCACCCAUGCAAACCCCUUUUCUUUUUUCUUAUUUAAAAAUAAUGGUCAUUUUGCUGU